CUCACUUGCCGGCUGCUUUCGUCCAGACUCCAAUUGAUGCUGAUCUAUCAGCUUUUUACAUGCAGUCACUUCCCAAUCGCCGUGAAAAGGACGAAAAUCUGAACAAUGAUUCCUGGAUCUCGUUCCGAGCACCCGAGCUCCGAGCCCUUGAUCCGUGCCAAUCCUCGUGGUGGCUCAAGCACCAGCACACUUGCAGACCCCACCAGGUUUAUUUCGAGGUCAUCAUCAUCAGCAUAUUCUAAUGUCAGUGACGGGGAGAGAUUGGUGAUCAACCGUGUAGCUCUGCAAUUUCCACAACCUGGCAAUCAUCAACAGCUACAUCAGGAUUCUCAAACCAAGCCAUCCUUGCAACCGUCCUACGAGUACUCACGAUCAUCCCAGUCGCUUGGCAGUAGAUCCUCAGUGGCAGGUCCUGAGACGGAAGAUGACCUAACUCUACCGUUGAACCUCACGAGAACUACCGGCCACGAAUUCCAAGAGCAUCACUCACGAAUGAAUACCGGACUGUAUAGCCACGGCUCUGAGAUGGUCAUAAGUGCUUCACACCUUGAUCGCCAGAUCAAUAGUUUCAUUCAAGAAACUACUGUUAUGUCACCUCAUGAGCUGGCGGCACCUCCUAGACACAUGUUCGACUCAUCAGAUCGACAUGAAAGGCCUUCUUCGAAUGCUUCCUCACCUCAUCAAGCAACCAGUGGUACUGAUGAUGAAGGUGACGAAGAUGACGGCGGAGAGGAUUUCCGGUCGAAUGUGCCUCACUCAAAUUUGCGAAUGGCUGGAUCGAGGCCACCGAGCCGAGCGUUCUCCGUUCGACAAAGAUCAAGAGCGGCAAGUGUCUGUUCCAGUUUUGUGGAAGGUGGAGAGGAAUCCCAAAUACCUGGCUACCUCUUUCUUCACGAGGUUCCUCCGCUACGGAUAAAGAAAAGUACUGUCGCGAACAAUCCUCCGUCGCAUUCUCACCAACAGAGAGGAACCAGUCACAGUCACUCCAGAAGCGCCUCUCAUCGCCGCAGAGAUCCUCAGCAACAUCCUGGUAAUCAACUUGGUAUGCAAUCGCACCCCAGGCAUCAUGCCAAGUCUGGAAUGGGUCUAGUGGAACAAGAUUCGAAGGCCCCUAUAGAUAUUUUCAAGUCGCCACAGCAUGCCUGGUACUUUGUCCGUCGAUUAGUCGGAUUGGAACUCAGAUGGGAAGCAGCUAGAGCAUGGAAAUUGACUGACUUGAGUUUGAACACCGCCUCUCCUCGCAAAGAUCCAUUACUCCCUCAUUCUCGGGUGCGAUCGGAUGAUGAUCAAAGUGCCUACAGCUGGGAUUCAUCAUCUGGAGAAACAUCGAUAGCGGCAGAAACCCUGCCGAUCCUGAGCUAUCUCAUUCACAAUUUCCUCUUGACGUUACCUAUCAUUCGGGAUACCGUUUCAGUCGUGCAAAAUGUGCCUCAUAGCUCCCACUUCAAUCCUCAAGUGCCAACAAAUCACACCUCGGUGGCGGUGUAUUGGACCGCUGGUGUACUUCCCAUCUUAAGAAGAUUACACCAAAGUAAUCUUAGUGCGGCUAUUGAUUUGGGGAGCCCUGGUUUCCUUCACAUACUGUUUGACUUUCACAUAGCUCGCUUGCUCGAACGGUUUGUUGCAACAAGUCUAAAACUAUGUACACACAGAUUGGACUCUCCGCCCUUGCACCAAAAUCGAAAUCCAGCGAGCUGUGCAGUAGGGGAACCCGCUCCGGAGGGCACUCGUCGACCAUUCAGAAGCCUCGACCAAAUGAGGCCAUUCGAAGUCACCUCUCCCGAUAACGAUGCAGACGCGGCGCGUUCUCCUGAAGAGGAAGUGACGACGACCGACCCUAAGCAAGCUGGGAAAAUGUUAGCGCCUAUUGCGCUUUUGCCAGAUCGCGCAACUAAUAGUCCGGAUGCUCAUUAUUUUAGGGAUAUCACCCCUGUAACCGUUUCUCCUGUAAAUGAUUUCGGUGCGCCUGAACGCGAACGAGCCAAGGCCUACGUACAUAACUUUGAAAAAGAGCCUCAAAGGUAUUCUGGUAUCAGUGUUCAACCCAGUCAAAGAGCUUCAAUUGGGAUCGUUACGCCAUCGAACAGCAAUUCUAAUGAAACCCAUCCGCUGAAUCGCACGGAUAAUUUUUCAGCUGGCUUAUCAACCCAUGAAACGCAGAGAACUGGUGUCACCCCUAUAAAUACCCCAUCUUCAAAAACAUUUUCAUCCUCGAGCACGUAUGAUGGCCAUCCAACAGAUACGGAACUUUCGACAUUCAUGCCAAGCGCCUUUGGUAGCAUUCAGGAAUCGCCGCUUACGCCCUCGUGGAAUCCGGGAUUUAACCAAGCAGAUGGUUUUAUCGGACAGGCUAACUCUAUCGAUUCGUUUAGUCAUAGAAAAUCCGUGGCAUCUUCCUCGAAAACUUCAGAAGAAGUGACGAGCGUUCGUCAAACAAUAGAGCGAAUGAAGAUGGAACGGCAGAAUGCUAGCGAGCACACACGUGAGGAUGAUAAUAAAUCGAAUGCUCCUUCUCGAAUGUCUCGUAAAUUUAGCUGGAUCAGAUCGAACGGCACGAAGAUAGAACCGGGUACCGAUCCAGAAGUCAGCCAGAAAGUCAGUGCGAACUUUGAUUUACGUCGAAAUUCAGUGGUCUCUGAGGAAGCUCGCGUCCCCCACACUCCUAUGCUAAAUAAAUCCUUUCAUGCUAGAACCAUCAAAGAAGCAAACAAAGGAACUGACGAUCACAAAGAAUCUGCAAAAAAUAAUUCAUCUGAAGUGAAAGCGGUAACGUCGGGCGCUAGCCGUGGUUCAUCAAACGCGCCGCUGAGUUCCGGGUCUGAGAGUGUAGAAGAUUUCGAAAAGCGAGAGGGACCAUCUGCAAGAAGUUCUAGUCAACGUGUCGUUGAUAAAAAUCAUUACACGAAGUUGCUCAGAGAACCUGAAAUGAAACAAACGGAUGCUGAUACCGAGUCGAAAAGGGCGAGCAAAUGGGGAUUUACUUUGAAAUCUCUAUCACUGCUGAAGAGCAAUAGUUCAACGCGAACUCCAGAAGAUACCAAAAGAGCACUCAGAAAGUCGUGGUGGAUCAAAUCUGAAGUCGCGCCCAACACGUUUUUACCUCCGUCACCCAACGCUCUAUCCUUGAAGUUUUCCGGAAGUGUCUCACCUCUAGCGACCGAUAAACCAGUGGAAAAAAAAGUGGCGGUCCCCGAAAGUUUGGUCGAAGGUUUAACCAGUCCUUACAAAAACAUUUAUCAACCAGAGAUUUUGCAGUUCCAAUUGGAACUUCUCGAGAUGCCAAAAGACUCGGUUCCCUGGCCCUGGGGUGAUCCUGUACCUUUUUGGAAAGGCACGCCGGUCCACAAGCUCUCUUGGGGCGGCUUUGAAGUGGAUCUCGUGGGUAUACGUCAGGGAACUACCAAAAAUGAAAAUGAACAACAUCUGAUUUCAACCAAAACGUCGGGUGGUUUCGGCGAAGGGGCAGCCCCUCAGAAAUCACAUGGAAGAGGUCGCAUGGCCCAACCUCCGAGUCUGACCGACCGUGGACCUAGUUUGACCGGCAACCCGUUUUUUGUCGAUCCAUUCACCGCUUUACCACUUGAUCCAGUACCUGUCCCAACCCAGGAGGGAAUCAAGCGUAGAGCUACACUAGCUUCAAUCUUUGGGGUUGGGAACCACAAGUCCAAGUUUUCGUUGGACACGCGGUCUGAUUGGAACGGAUCUAACCUGAUGGGGAAAACCGCUCCAGAUACUACUAAGAAUCCAGAUUCUAAGAAUGAACGCGUGGCCGUCGAUCGAGAAAUAGUAGGUAGUGCAAGCAAGCCACAGCAUCCAGGCCACUCUCGACGUGGAUCCUUGCGACAGAUCAAAGUCUCAUCCGAUACCCAUCGCCGCGCAUUGCGAGGCUGGCUCAGAGAUACUUUAUCUAUCCGCACGGUCGGACAUCAUCCAGAAACCGCUGCCUUUCUUCUUCUAGGGAGUGUAGUACCGGAGGAGAGAGAUUUACUCGACGUCCGGCAAAGAGAGUUGAUUGAUGAAGAGCGUCGGAAAAGACGAGUACAGGUGGCUCAGGGCGCGGCUGAACGGUCGAAAACAAUACACGAAUGGUGGUCAGAAGUGAAAAGCGAGUUUAUGGAUGGUGAAGGUCUGCAAAAUCUUUCGACGGCGCUAAAACAAGGCUCUUCUGUGGAAGAACUGCCUCUAAGGUUUCAGAAAGCACUGGAGUGGAUCCGAAUGAACGUAGCUGAGGGCUUGCACGAGCUUUUGGUCAUUGGGAAUCAAUCAGAUAUACUCUUCGGCAAACUCUUGGGCCUCAACGCUGCCUUACCCUGGUCAUUAAUAAAGAGCGUGUUGAAAAUCAAGAAGCCGGCCUUGAUGUGCAAAGCUCUUCUCGACGUAUUCCUGGCCAAAAAGUCGAAUCUGGGGAAAUCCAAACAUAGUGUCAUCCAGCGCUUGAUCGAAAUCGCCAUCAACGAGACCGAAGGGAGCUUUAUGGAAGUCGAAAGACGCAUCCAGGCCUGUCGAGCGCGAAUUCAAAGUCUCACUAUGUGCGAAAAAGUAAUCAAGUUCGUGCAUGCUUCAAAGGAUCUCAAAGACCUUUUCAGGCAAUAUUCAGAGUCCGCUGAUAUCGAACUGGUCGUGGCAAUUGUCCGGAGUGCUGAGGAGCCUCGGCUGGAUAAAUACGACUUGGAGAGGGUGAUGAGUGCAUCGAAAGCUUACAAAUCGCUCUUAGCCAAGAAUCGAAAUCGGAUAACCAGCUCGAUGACCGAAAACAUUCAUGUCCGCUUGAUAUUAGACCUCAAGCUGUAUCUCAGAUUGAUCAGUCAAGAAUGGGACUCGAAACAAAUCCGGAAGAUGUUGUCGGAGGAUAGCGUCGCUGAGGCUAUGGAAGUCUUAGUAGCGCCAUUAAUGGAACUUCUCAAACGAACUUAUACUAUUGGGAACGCUGUCCAGGCUUUGGAUGAUGCGCAAAACUUCAUCGAACAAUUGAUUACAGUAGUCAACGCGCUGAGGAGCAGAAUCCAAGAUCCACAAAAGUCCAUAAGGGUACUGGCCCGCCUGCUUACCAGACACCAGAACAACUUCUACGGCUGGCUGCACCAGAUUCACACACAUGACUCGAUUGUCGAAGAAUUCUUCGAGUGGUUGUCGAGGGCGAUAAAUUUCCUAAAGGAAGGCUUACUUGAGCCGAUCUUGGUUUCUGAGAUCAUACCCUCUGGGGAGCUAGACCAAUUGAGUGAAGAAUUAGAUGAAAUCGUCGAAUGGGAGGAAGCGAAGAGGAAACGGCAGUACGAGCAGCUAUGCCGGCGUUACUCGGCCGAUGUGGACGGUGACGACCCGGUGAUCGUCGAGGGAGAUGGGUUUGGAAGGUCGAAAGUUGAGCCGUUGGUCGAUUUGAAACCCUUGCCACCCCAGCUAGAUCACCUCGCCAAUUGCUUAGACCUGUUUCGUGCCGCGAUCAGGAAAUCACUGCUCCGUUGAAAAAUCUAAGACUGGACGCUUCACCGGUCAAAGCCACUUUCAUCUCAUUCUCAGCCUUUGUGCCUUAACUAUCCGUCUUACCUAUGUACCUAUUACCCAUAGAUCACAAUAGAACCUAGUCGUGCUUGUAGUUAGAAAUCUAUCCCUACUUCAUGUAUUACUUAUUUAUGUACCUGUCGAUCUCAUUGCAAUGGCUAUGAUUAACGCUCUGGAA